AUGCGAUAUUUAUUAUAUUAUUUGUGCUAUAUUAUUUUAAAAUGUUUUGUCAGUGGGCAAGAAUCUGCAACAAAUUUUUAUAAGUUUAUUGAUUCAUAUGCAUCUUCUACAUACAUAUCAGAGGAAUCAGGAAGUUCACUUUAUGAUGCUAAAAGAGCAAUUCAAAAUAACCCUAAUUAUUGGUGUAGUUCUGGGUACCAUUCAAAAGAUGAAGAAAUUACAUGGAUUGGAUAUUUAAAUACAAAAGGAUUUAUUAAAGGAGUAAAAAUUUCUUGGGAAUAUUCCCCAGAAUUAGUAAAAAUAUCUGUAUCUCCAGAUGGAGAAAAUUUUAAAACUGUAAUUCCAUAUAAACGAAUUUCUGGAAAUGAAGCAUCUUUUGAAGAGAUAUAUUUUUUUAAAAAAUUAGAAGAAGCUAUAUCAAUUAAAAUAGGAUUAAAAAAUCCUAUUCACAAAUAUUUCGGUAUAAGAGAAGUUAAGAUUAUUGGCGGAGGGAAUCCAUACUUUUUGCUGUUAUCAGGAGUUACAAGUGAGCAUGAAAUGUGUUUACAGGUAGAAGAGGGAUUAAUAAAUAUUGAUAACACUUCAGUAAUUUUAGAUUCUUGUGUAAACGCUUUAUCUAGCGGUGAUGGAAGGGAGCUAUGGAAAACAAACUCAAACAAUCAAAUUAUUAGCGCCUUUAGUGACCCCCCCAAAUGUCUAGCUGUUAUUAAUUUAGAUAAUUUAGAAAAUAAUAAAAUAGUUUUAUAUGAUUGCUUAAGAGCAUUAGAGGACGGUGAUGGAAAAUCUAAUUGGAUUUUCGAGUCUAAUUCACAAAUAAGAUUACAAAAAAGUGGUGAAGCUUUAUGUAUUUCUCAAAAAAAUGUUUAUGGAAACAUACCAGGAGUUCACGACAUCCUUCUGAACUUGGAUGUAUCUAUUGAUUCUAAUUCUACUCUGGAUGAUGAUCACAAUCCCGAUAACACUAUAGAUGGAAAUUUGAACAGUUACUGGGCUUCUGCAACAUUUUCGGAUAAUUACGAGCAUUUGGUUUACUUGAUAUUAGAUUUAAAUAAAUUAGCAGAAAUAUCUAGAAUAAAAAUUUUUUGGGAAUAUCCGCCCUUACAUUAUAAUAUAGAAGCCAGCUCAGAUAAUAAAAAUUUUAAAGUUAUUGUAGAAAAUUUAGCUAACCCAAGUCACGUAACUAUAGAUACAUUAAAAAAUAUAGAAACAAGAUAUAUUAAAAUAUCAAUGAUUAAACCUCAUCCUAACCACGGAAAAAUGGAGGAUCAAUUUUUGUAUGGAAUAAGAUCUAUAGAAGUUCAAGCUAACAAUUUAGAAACAGUUAUUGGAUAUUGCAGAGAUGUUGCUAAUUCAGAUGAUGCUAGAGAUAAAUAUUUUGUAGAAUAUAUUACAGAAUUUGAUAAAGAUUUAACUAAUAAAUUAAUUAAUAUUGAAGAUGAUGUAGCAAAAAAUGUAAAUUCUAUUAGUGAUAAUUUAUCUAAGCUAGAAGAAUUAUUGCCUAAUAUUGAAACUUGCUUACAUGAGAAAAAAGGAUACGAUGAAGAAUUAAAAGAGUCCAAAGAAAAAGCGAACGAAUUAAAUAAUAAGUUAUCCUCUUUAGUAUCAGUAAAUUUAAUUAAUGAUAAUGAUUUAUUAAAAUUAGGUAUGUUUCCUGGUGAUUCUUCAUCAUAUCCAGCUAGCGAUUGUUCAGUAAUAAGAAAUCUUCAAGAAAACCCUCAAUCAGGAUUUUAUUGGAUAAAACCAAAGUGCUCACCUGAAUCAUUGAGGGUAUAUUGUGAUAUGAAUUCUAGCACAUCCAUAUAUGUAUGGAAUGGAAAUCCUCCCAAAUCCCCUGAUCAUUUAAUAGGAAAUAUUAUAAAUUCAGUUGAUGAUAUAAGAUAUCAUUGUGCUGAAGUAGGUUUAGAGCCUUUAAUUUUAAGAUCAAAAUAUCAGUUAAAUAGUUUAAUCUUAGCAUUAAAGAAAAUAGGAUUUUCUUUAAAUGGAAAGAUUAACAUUCCACUAGCUUAUGAUUAUUCUUGUGAUCAUGGUAGCUGCAGUGGAAAGUUUCAUGAUUUAAUGAAUGGUAAUAUCGACUUAACAACUUUAAUCUAUUUAAAAACAUCUGAAUCACCUGAUAGCACAAAAAUUAGGCAAACUGCAGGGAUAUCAUAUGAUGAUGGAUCUUUUAAAUUUUUUAAUUUAGAAACAUCGGAUAUAUCUGCAAUAGUUUGCUCGACAAAUUCAACUGAAAAUGAUGCUGCAUUACAAUAUUUGAGCAUAAAUUGUGAAACAACAGCACUAGAAGAUUAUUUUAAUUCAAUUAUAAACACUAAUAUUGUUGUCUUAUGUCCAAUAGGUUGUGAUAAUGAAAAAUUCCAAAAUGCUGCAAUAUAUGGAAGCAAAGGAAUAUAUUCUGAUAAUAGUUCUAUUUGCAGAGCAGCAAUACAUUAUGGUAUAAUAGACACUAAGGGAGGUUUAGUUAAUGUUACAAUUGAAUCUGGUUUGGAUCAUUAUGAAGGUUCAAUAAGUAAUAAUAUCGAAUCCAUUUCACUAAAUAAAAACAAAAAUGGAUUACUUGAUAUAAUUAUAAAUGAAAAUAAUGAAAGCAUCAAAGAAGAAAGUACUAGUUUUCAUCACAGAACUAUAAGGAUUAGUGACUUGAUUGAAGAUUGUCCCAUAGAUUUAUUUCAUUUUAAUCAAACAUCUUUCGUCCAGAAAGAAAGUUUAAGAGAACCAAAAGAAAUAAAAUAUAACGAAGAGGAAAAUACAGAAAAUAUAAAUCUUCAUGAGUUAAUUGACAUGCUAUUAAACAACAUUGAUGCUAUUCAUGGAGUUGAUUCAUCCAUAAUUUCAAGUGUUCAAUCUGAAACAAUAAAAAUUUUAGAAAAAACCAAAAAAGAAUUAAGGCCAGCUGAUCUAUUAUCUAAAAAGCAGAUUGAAGAUGCCAUAAGUUUAUAUAAUUUAACAGAAAACUUGACUUUGUAUUUAUAUGAAUUAUCGGAGAAAUAUAUAUAUGAUUUAGAAAAAUUAAAAGAACGUUUAGAGGAAUUAAAAAGAGCUCAAAAAGUUGCAUAUAAUUUUGGUACUUUUAAAUUAAAUUAUGAAACUAUGAAUUUUUCUUCUCAUUUCCGUAUCUUUGAUUCAAAAUUUAUGAAAAAUAAACCUAGCACUUGGGGAUAUGCAGAUACAAAUAUAUUAGGGCAUAAAAAUAGUAUAGGUCAAAUGAAGAGUAUUUCAAGCACAGAAAUAGGUGAAGGAUCUUACGCCAAAUUAAAAGGAUUAAAUUUUUAUGAUUCUGAAAUAAUAGUAAGUGUAUUAGGUAGAGGAAAUGGAUGUUUAGGUGUAGUAUUUAGAGCGAAAGAUGAUUUUAAUUUUUAUUUAUUUGAUAUAUGCAAUAAAGAAGGAGUAAAAAGAUUAUCAAAAGUUGAAAAUGGUCAUGUUCAAAUUUUAACAGAAAGUUAUGGAGAAGUUAAUAUAAAUAAUCAAUGGAAUAAAUUCAAAAUAAUUACAGAUCAUGGAAAUAUUGAUAUUUAUGAAUUAAAUGAAGAUUCAGAAGAAAUUAAAAUACUAAGUUCUUUAGAUGAAAGAUUUCUUUCUGGCACAGUUGGCUUAUAUUCUCAAAUACAUGGUCAGGGAACCUUUUUUGAUGAUCUUGAAAUUAUAGCUCAUCCAUGUUCCGAAUUAUCAAAAAAAAAUAAAAAUUCCCAAAAUUCAACUUAUAAUUGCCCUUUCUACAAAGAAAAUUAUAUAACUACAAAAUUCCCAUAUACAAUUAUUAAUGAUACUAAUUAUUAUUGGAGAUUUGAAGAUGAUAAUGAUAAUAAUCAUUUAUUGUGCUCUAAGAAUAUGAAAGAUGGUGUUUCAAGUGAUGAUAAGUAUACUAUAGCACUUUUAAAACAAAGAAAAUGUACUGAAGGUAACUUUACAUUUGAUAUAAAUUUUUACAACGGAGAUGAUAAUAAUAAUGAAUCAUAUAUAUAUGUACUUUUUCACUUUGAAAAUGAGUUUAAUUAUAAUGCUCUUGAAAUAAGAUAUGAUAGCAUUAGAUUUUUUACAAACAUUAACAGUAAAAUAGAAACUUUAUCUGAGUUAAAAGACAAUGAACAAAUAAAAAAGCUAAGAAUAGAGAAUGAAUGGGCUCAUGUAAAAUUGAGUUUUGAUAAAACAAAGUUCCAAGUUAUAAUAAAUAAUAAUGAUUAUCAUUUAGAGUUAGAUACAGGUAAUAUUGAUCAAAAAAUUAUUCGUCCAGGAUAUGUUGGCUUUUUAGUUUAUAAUUUUGUUGAAGUAAAAUUUGAUUCGAUAGUACUUUCUCCUCCUGUGUCAAAUCAAUAUGAAAAUUUUGUUCAAAUUAAAUCUAAAGUAUGGGCAUCAUGUGAAGAAUCUAUACACGUAUUAAAUAGAAGAUCGUCAUGUGAAACAGAUAUAUAUCCAAAUGAGACAAAAGAAAAGCAUAUUGAAUGCAUAAAAAAUUUUUGUGAAGAAUGUUGUUUACAUCAUACACAACUGUUAGAUAGUAAUGAAAAGAAAAAGUGCGAAACGCAUUGCAAGAAAAACGAUCAUCUAGCGGCAAAAAUGCAAAAGGUUUUUGAAAAAUUUCUCGAUAAAUGUGUGUCAUUAGAAGAAAAUAAAGAUUAUGAAAAGUGUGAUGCUAACGAUGGAGUUUGCAAGAAUAAAGUCUGUAUACUGUGUUGUAAAAAAAAUGAUCCUGCUAAUUCCAAAGAGUUUAAAGGAUUAUCUGUGACUGAAUCAAAAGAUAUACAAGAAAAAGAAAUAAUAGAAUGCCAAUUUCAGUGUAAUCAUAUUCAUUCAACAAAAAAAUAA